AUGAACCCGAUGGUUUUGCUGCGAGAUUUAACGGUAGAAGAGAUGGGAGAUGGGAGAUCAACAGAACGGCAAGUUCGUACAUCAGUAACUCCCAAGUGUUUGAAACUGUACGAGGGCGUGGAGCUUCGGGGCAAGUUCAGAUCAGCAGGCAGUUGGUACAUGGCUGAGGUGCUGGAAAUAAAUGUCCAUUUCGGAAAUAAGGUCAGGGAUCCAGGCUGUGUAGGACUAAACAGUCUUCAGAGCGGUUUGCAUAAACAGCACAUGAAAGAUCUUUUUGUCGAACUCUGCCUUACUGUUCCCGUCAGCACCACAUCGACACGUCAUCACAACAGAUUGUCAAGUCUCCUUCCGUACCUUCCAAUGCUCAUGGACCCACUCGUGUCAGCUCUCAAUGGCUCUCAGACCCUAGUCAGUCAGGGCUUACGUACGCUGGAGCUGUGUGUUGAUAACUUGCAGCCGGACUUCCUGUUUAGCCACAUAGAACCCGUCAAAGCUGAACUUAUGCAGGCGUUGUGGCGAUGCCUUAAUAACGCGCCAGAUUCAACGGCUGCAGUGGCUUACAGGGUUCUCGGAAAAUUUGGCGGAAGUAACAGGAAGAUGCUACAUGCUCCUCAGAAGUUGACCAUCAAAGACUACAACACGGUCGGCCCGUGCGUGGCCAUCACCUUCCUGGAAGGUCGCUCCCCCAUCAACCUCCCCGUCGACACCGCAAUUGAAACAGCUUUGAACUUGUUAAAGACAUCAUUGUCGUCAGGAGCAUCACCUUCAUCAUCAUCUUCCAGCAGUAGCUUGCCGCCAUCAACUGAAUUGUACUAUCAGCAGCAUGCGUGGAACUUCGUGAGGACCUACCUUAUCUCUACCCUCGUGUCCAGUGGCGGGAAAGUUGGGCACGAUGGAGGGAGUGGCGCUGGUGGAGGUGGUGGUGGUGACGCCACGAGCGACAGCAGUUUUGUGAGUUUUGCUGGAGGUUCCGGCAGCGCCAGCACCUUUGAAGAUAUUUACCAUUACUUCAGUCGUUACGACCUAACGGCGUACACCCCCCAACCGAAUUCCACCUCGCUGUACAUUUGUCCCGAUGUACACGCCAGACGUACACACAUCAAAGCUCUGUGCGCCAUGUUUGUGGCCUCUUCAGUGAAGGACCUGACGGACGUCAAUGACUUCAUCAUCUCCAUGGUCACUCAUUACGCUCUGGUGGCUAUUUCCCAGCAGAUCGGACCAUCGUCCUUGAACCAGGAUGACCUCGAUUCAAUGAUGACCUUGGACCCGCAGACGAUGAUCGACGCCAUUAUCAACAUCAUCGGUGGCGAGGAACGAGACCUCGCUAACAUCAGCCUCCUCGCGCUGGCCACCAUUUUGAAGGCUUGCAAACUGCCCUUAUUUGAGUACCUGUCCGAGAAAAUUGUGUACCUGUGUUACGAGCGGGCCUGGUACAACAAGAUAGGAGGGUGCCAGCUGACUGAGCAACAAAAAGUUGAAUUUUUCACUGUUUCUUGCUCUGACUGCGUCAAAGAGUUGUGCAGGCACAUCACGUCUCCUAAUCAACUUGUUAGGGAACAUUCUCUCGCUGCAGCCACCAACCAGUCCCUGAACUGCUUGAUGGAGCCCUUCAAAGAAGUCAUCAUGGACGUUGUGCCCCCUAAGAAGCAUCUGCUACGCUACCAACCACCUCAGGCCCAGAUCGGGAUCAUGGAGGGUAAUGCAUUCUGCAUGUGCAUGGAGCCCCACCUAGUGACACUGGACAUGAACGUGGUAGAACAUCAGCUCUUCUUCAAGGAGCUCUGCCACCUCUGUGAUGACGAUGACGCUGCCCUUCUUCGGAUGAACUGCUACAAAAACGUCUCUGACUUUGUACCGUUGAGGAUCAGUGCGAUCAAGGUCUUGUCAGCUUGCCACCACGUCUCCGAAAAACAGAACAACAUCUUCUCCAUCCUCUAUAAGGCCCUCAACUCCACGAACGUCCAACUCCAGGAUGUCGCUCUUGUCUGCAUGAAGAGGUUCGUAUCAGGUUGUCAGGUCGAAAUCAGCAUGGUCCACACGACUAUGCGUCCCCUCCUGCAACACCUUUCAGACUUCAGCAACCUCAACCUCCACCGCAUCAAGACUCAUCUGAAAAAGUGGUUUGAAUUUUCAUCGACCCCUCAAAAACUCUGCCAAAUCAAAGCCACCGGACAAGUCUUACCAGUGGAGCAAAAGAUAUGCGCAGCUAUCAUUGAGAUGUUUCACUUGAUUCCAGCAGCUUCCCAAAAAAUGAUUGAUUUGCUGGUGAUGCUUGUAGUCAAGGGAGAAAAGGAUCUCUUUGUGGCUUCAAACAGCCCCUUCCGGCCGCCUACCUUAAAAUUCCUCCUUCGCCAUCCAGAGGCCACCGUUGACUUCUUCUUUAGCGAGGGGAAGCUUCAGGAUACUUCAUUCAACGCUCUGUUCCGAUGGCUAUUAGAACAGGACAAAGGCCAGAGCUUCCGUGACAACCUCAUGACCAAUCCGCAGAGACUGCUCAACCUCACUGUGCCGCCUUAUAAGGGGUCAGUAGAUUACCCAUUGUGGCAGGAACCGAGUAUCCUUCUUGAAAUCCUUCUCUCAUUCUUCAAACACCAUCCAAAUGAGCUGGAGUUACUGUUCCACAUGUUAAAGUGUUUCACGGGCAGGUACAUGCCACAAUUCACCUUUUUUAAAGAAUUUCUUGAGGAAACUGUCUCCAAGACAUACAGCAUUGAAUGGAAAAGGAACGCCUUCUUCAAAUUCGUAGAGAUAUUCCAUCUGAAAGAUUGGUCGCAGGAAGUUAAAUCGAAGAUCCUGCAGCACAUUCUGAUCCCGUGUUUUGCUGAGUCAUUUGACAGGGACGAGGGUGAGCAGCUGAUCGGAGGUCCGCCGACACCGGAUCAGGAGAGCGACGACAAUGUCAUCAGUAUCUUCAUCAAUAAGGUUAUUGACCCGGACAAUCCCUUCGGAACUUCAGACGCAGUUCGUAUUUUGUUGCUCCAGCUCUCGUGUCUCUUUGUCGACAAGGCUUCAAAAUACAUCCACGAUGUUGCCAACAACUUAUUGAAGGCUCAUGCGGUGGAGGCACGCGCCAUCGUCAGGCAGGCCCUCGACGUCCUCACCCCGGUCAUGCCCGGCAGGAUGGAGGAUGAAAAUGCCACAGCUGAACACAGAAAGUUGGCAGUUGACCUUGCUGAGGUCAUCCUAAACUGGGAGGUCCAGAGGCUUGCUGAAGAGGGUGAUGAGUCAUUGAAAACAGCUAGUGGAGGUCCUGAGGUAAGCAAACCAAUCGAUAAAGCACACUGUGAUACUGCUGUCAACUUCCUACUCAGGAUUGCUUGUCAGAUGACUGAGACACCAGGUUCACCGAGUGACCAGCUCUCUCGUCGCUGCAUCCUGCUACUGAAGAAGGCACUCUCCCCGCAAGUCUGGUCAAACAUCGACCUUAAACUUAACUGGUUCGAUAAAAUUCUGAUGUCUGUAGAAGGCCAACAACCAAACAUCAACCACAUAUGCACAUCACUCGAAUUGUUGACAUUUCUAACUGGAAUACUGAAAAAGGAGACGAUACUGAGCAGCUUCAAGUCGCUGCAGCGUGGGGUGGCUGCCUGCAUGACGAGCACGAACAUCAGGAUCAUCAGGGUCGUCCACACCCUCCUCUCCAACCUCAUGAGUAUUUUCCCCACCGAACCCGCCGCCUCGACUGUCGCCUCAAAGUUUGAAGAACUGGAAUGCCUGUACGCCUGUGUCUCCAAGCUCAUCUAUGAAGGUCUAGCCAAUUACGAGAAAUUGAUUACAUCAUUCAUGAGAGUUCUACAAAGACUUGUUCGUGAACAUCUGUCCUCCACCACUCAGUCCUCUCCGACAUCUGGAACUGCACCAGCAAGUUCAGCAGCUGGCAGCUCCACAUCAGCGGCUGCAUCGUCAUCGGCAGCAGCAGCGGCAGCUGCUGCCGCAGCUUCAGCAGCAGCAUCGCCGGAGAGCACUGUUUCUCUUUGUGAACUUUUGAUAAUUAGUCUUGACCUCGUGAAGAAUCGGACUGGGGUGAUGAACCCAGAGAUGAGGAAAGGGUUCCUGGGAAAUAUCUUAGUGGGGCUGAUCGAGAAGAGUCCCGACGUCAAAGUUAUCAAAGCCAUUCUGAAGAUUCUUGAUGAAUGGAUGAAGAAUAAGUCACCAGCCUCAGUGAACCAGAUACCCUGCCUACGCGAGAAAGCUUUCCUCCUCAUGAAGCUGAUGAACUUCGUGGAGAAGAGGUUCCCAGACGACCUGGAGAUCAACGCUCAGUUCCUAGAACUGGUCCAUUAUUUGUACAGUGAUGAGACACUGAAGACAACGGACCUUGCCUCGAAGUUGGAGCCCGCUUUCCUGGCUGGUCUAAGAUGUGUACAGCCGCAUAUCAGGAAAAUGUUCAUGACGACGUUCGAAGCGAGCAUGCGUAGGCGGCUGUUCGACCGCCUCCACUACAUCGUCACCACACAAAACUGGGAGGCCAUGGGCGGACACUUUUGGAUUAAACAGUGCCUUGAGCUCCUCUUUUUAGUGACCAACUUGAACAUUGACGUCAAUGUAAGUUCUGCCAACAGCUUUCUGGCCCCUAUCAGCACAUCUUCGUUAUCGUCAUCAUCAUCUUCAUUAAUGGCUGCCACUUUUCCAGCUGCUACCUUCUCAACGGCUGCUCCCGUUGCCGCUGCAUCUGCUUCAGCUGUUCCCAUGGAGGUUGAGAGUGGGGAUCAAAGUAUGGAGGCUGGAGCUUCUAGAGAGGACUCUGAGCAGCAGCAGCAGCAGACGUCAACAUCAUCUCCCACCUCCUGCCCCAGUGCAUUCAGCGGCGAUCCCAGCCAGCAGGAUUGCGUCAUGAUGCAGGUCAGUGCCAUGGAGAGAAUGACUUUGGACGUCAGGAAGGCUGCCAUCAAUAUGUUGACCUCGAGGUCGGUCAAGUUCAUUCAGGAAUGUCAGCAGGUCACUGACAAGACACAGGUCUUCAUAGAGUCCUUGAUCCAGAUGUGCCACAACUCCACGACACUGGCCUACGACACGUGGAUCCAAUUCUUUCCGAGGGUCUGGGCCACACUCAACGAUAAAUUUCAAAAUUUCCUGAAGAACGAGUUAACCCCCUUCAUAGCGUCGGGCAACCACCUCGUUCAACGUGAUUCUCAUCCAAGUGCCAUCAAGGCGUUCGUUGAGGCAAUGUCAUAUUGCGGUUCACCAUCUCUGUAUAUUAGACCGUCAAUACUGAAGUACCUGGCCAAGAGUCACAACAUCUGGCACAGGUGCUUGCUCUGCCUGGAGGGACAAGUGUAUCAAGGGGGGCUGCUAGGUUCUCAGCUGUUCAGCAAGUUGAACACGCAGGGGCUCCUACCGAACGCCACAGCCGCCCAGAGUAGUGCCACUUCGAAACAGAUGGACGCUUUAGAAGCGAUGGUUGAUUUGUACGGGCGUCUGAAGGAGGAGGACAUGGUGGCUGGGGUGUGGAUGAAGAGGUGCAAGUAUCAGGCCACAUACACGGCCAUCGCCCUCGAACAGCACGGUCUCUUCUUCCAUGCACAGGAGGAAUACGAGAAGGUGAUGUCACAGGGUCAAACUGACAGCAUCCACACAGCCAUUCCCAAUUCAUUGGUGGCUGAAUUUAAACUUUGGGAGAAUCAAUGGUUCAGAUGUAGCAAGGAGAUGAAUCACUGGGACUUGAUCCUGGAAUACUCCAAAAACCCCGACCACUUAAACCCCGCUCUCAUGCUUGAAAGCUCCUGGAGACAGAGCCAAUGGCAGGCCACUAAAAGUGCUCUCGUACUGGUUGAAGAUGGUUGUCCGCGGGAGGAUCUUUGGAGGAUCAACCUGUACAAGGGGUACCUGGCUGUGUGUCACCCCGAAGAUCAGAACCUGUCCUCUGUGGGUGGUGGUCUUUUGGGGUUGUGGGAUGGGAGAGUGAUGUGGUGGGAGGGCGGUAGUGAGUGUACUAUGCUGACGACGAUGGUGGAAAAGUUGGUGGAGACGUCGAGUGGACUGGCAAUAAAAGAGUGGAGGAGGCUGCCCCACAUUGUGUCUCAGAUCCAUGUGGAAUAUCUACAGGCAGCGCAGUUGAUAAUUGAGCUACAGGAGGCGGCUUCCCUGGCGGCCAGCAUGCAGCCGUCCUCCAUGGGAAGGGAACAGAGCAAUCAUGACAUCAAGGCUAUCAUCAAGACAUGGAGGAACAGGAUGCCCUCAAUCACAGAUGACCUUUCACAUUGGGGUCACAUCUUCCAGUGGAGGCAAGAACAUUUCCAGGCCAUCACAAACAUCUACGAGCAGCUCGGGACGAACGAUGUUUCCCAGCAGAACGCUUCGAUGUUGGGGGUGCACCACACAGCUGUCGGCAUGGUGGAAUUCGGAAAGAUAGCCAGGAAACAUUCUCUACCAUCUGUAUGCCUCGAUUCCUUGAGCAAAAUUCACUCGAUAGCCAGUGUACCAGUGGUGGAUUGCUACCAGAAGAUCAGACAGCAGGUCAAGUGCUACCUCCUCAUGUCUGGUAACAUGGGAAAGAGUGAGUUGCAAGAGGGCUUGGAAGUGAUAGAAUCGACGACAUUGAAGUACUUCACGAAGGAGAUGAUCUCAGAAUUCUAUGCACUCAAAGGAUUGUUUCUCGUCCAGAUGGCCAAGUCUGAGGAGGCUAACAAAGCGUUUUCAGCUGCGGUUCAGUUACACGACGCUCAAGUGAAAGCUUGGUUUUUAUGGGGGGAGUAUCUGGAGGCCCUCUUCAUCAGGGAGAGGACAAUGCAGCUAGCAAUAAGUACGAUCGUCUGCUACUUGCAAGCAUGUCGCAACCAGAAUGAGAUCAAAUCAAGGAAGUACAUUGCCAAGAUACUGUGGUUGUUAUCGUACGAUGAUGAGAGUAACCAGUUGACCGAACAGCUGGAGAAGCAUUCGGGAGGCAUCCCCACGGCAUUCUGGCUCGUGUGGAUACCACAGCUAUUAUCGUGCCUGAUCAGAAGCGAGACACGUUACGUCAUCAACCUGAUCAGCAAGGUCGGAUCUGUCUACCCGCAGGCCGUCUACUUCCCCACGAGGACCCUCUACCUCACCCUGAAAGUCGAACAGAGGGAAAUUUACAACCGUUCGUCAUCCUCUGCCACCGGAACAACUACAUCUACUACGACCGCAACAACAUCAACAACAACGUCAUCAACAGCAGCAGCAGCAACUUCGUCGACGUCAUCAGCGACAGCUCCCCUCAGUGUUACCCCCGUCACUGCCAUGAGUUCCACCUCACUUCUCUCACCUCCACCAGCCGAUAUGAGUCAUGGUAACCUGGCAGGACUGUUGAACUCACCUGAACACGUGGGUCCCAUGAAGGCCACCAACUCGAUGUGGAAGUGCAGCAGGGUCAUGCACAUGCAGAGGGACACGCAACCGACCGUCCUCUCACUGCUCGAGAGUAUCAUCGAUCAGAUGGUUUGGUUCCGUGAGAAUUGUUACGAAGAAGUUCUGCGUCAGUUGAAGCAAGCCCUCUCCAAAUGUUACACGGUGGCUUUCGAAAGUCGCGGCACCGUCACCGAUGCUCAGGUCACCACCAACACCCUUAAUUUCAUCAAGAAAAUCGUCAGCACUUUUGGCGUAGGCGUUGAAACGAGCGCGGCUGCAACGGCGGCAGCUACUACUGCCACUCUCUCCCCCGGCACUUCAACGUCUGUUGGAGCACCGUGGAGUCAGCAGCAGCAAGCGAUGUCGUCGUCCUUGAUGUCUAUGUUUGGAAAUGCCGGGUCGGAAUCGUUGGCGCGUCGUUGUCUCACAGCUGCACAGGAUCCAAUCUUCCAGAGGAUGAAGGCCCAGUUCAUUGUUGACUUUGAUUUUAGCGCACACGGAUCAACGAGACUGCAGAACGUGAUGAAUAAGUUGAAGAAGUGGAUCCGCAUCAUGGAGACCAGGAUCAGCUCUCUGCCAAAAACUUUCCUCAUUGAGGAGAAGUGCCGAGUGCUGAGCUACUUCAACAUGAGCAUGCUCGAAAUCGAACUGCCCGGAGAGUUCCUCGUGCCUCAGCAAAACGGCUACUACAUGAAGAUAGAGAGGUUUCUGCCGCAGGUGGACAUUGUUCAUAAGUUGAACUCUGCUACCAGGAGACUCUACAUAAGGGGGCAGAAUGGAAAGAUCUACCCCUACCUGGUGGUGAACAACACGUGCAUGAAUGAGUCUAGGAGGGAGGAGAGGGUUUAUCAGCUCUUCAGGAUGAUGAAUGUAUUCCUCUCCAAACAAAAGUCACUUGAUACCGCAACUCAACAUUCGCCGUCAUCAUUAUCAUUACCACCAUCGCCAUCCUCAUCACCCCCAUCAUUACAAUCGUUAUCAUCUUCAUCGUCAUUAGGAGACGGCCAGACGUUUGAUCCACUACUCGGUGCCGAGGGUUGUGGCCUUGAAUCCUCACCUGAGAACUGCACGAAGCAGUCAGUGGAUCCAGACCAACCAAUAACGAGGUACUACGAGAGGUUAGCGGCCAUUCAGCUGAGGGGCUCGCAACCCAGCCACCAGGUCCUCUGUGAUCUUCUCCGGGACGUUCAGGCCAACAUGGUCCCAAGGUCCGUGUUGAAGGAGUGGGCCAUAAGGAACUACGCCCACGCUACUGAUUACUGGACUUUCAGAAAAAAUGUGACCACCCACCUGGGACUUUUGGGACUCUCGGAGUUUGUGCUGCACCUGACCCGCCUGGAUCCGGACAUGAUCCAUCUGCACCGGGACUCAGGAUUCGUACAUGCCGCAUACUUCAAGUUCGAUAUUGACGACGAAACAGGUGAUCUGAACGCCAACCGACCUGUACCAUUCCGGCUGACUCCUAACCUGACCGAGUUCAUGACCCAGUUGAAUAUUAUUGGUCCCCUCCUGGCCACUAUGAUUGCCACUGCUAGAUGUUUAGUACAACCGCAGUACAAAUUGCAAAGCUUCCUCUGCGCCAUAUUAAGGGAUGAGUACAUGGCAUGGUACAAGAAGAAACAGGAGGAAUUGAACCCUGGCGUGCAGCCACCGGAAAUUCCAGGCGAGUUGCUUGUUCAGGUGGUCAGCAAAGCUGUUCAAGCCAUCACCAUCAGAUUGCAGAACCUGGCGGCCUUUGAAGGAGCUGACAGUAAGGUGACCACUCUAGUUGUGGCGGCAAACAGUUUGGACAAUCUGUGCCGUAUGGACCCCGCCUGGCAUCCAUGGCUCUGAGAAGAGAGAGAGAGAGAGAGAGGAGAGAGAGAGAGAGAGAAAGAGAGAGAGAGGUGAAAUAAGAGAGACGAAACUUAUUCUUUAAUUUUAUUGGUUUUAUUAAUACACUUUGUGAACGGAUAGACAGUUACGAACAGAUAAAUAAUUUAUUAUAUUUAUUGAUUACAUAUUUUUAAAAACUGAAAUAGAAAAUCUCUUGUCUUUUUUAACGGACCGUUGUCAUUUAUUUAUAUGUUUCUAUGUUUUUUUUUCUUAUUUCAAUGUAUGUUUAGCAUGAUUUUGAUUUUCACACACGCGCGCGCGCAACACACACACACACACACAACAUAUAUAUAUAUAUAUAUAUAUAUAUAUAUAUAUAUAUAUAUAUAUAUAUGUAUACAGUAUUUCUAUGUGAAAUAAUUUAUUUAUACUAUGUUGGUGUUUACUAUGUUAGUUGUUAGAUACACGUUUGGUGGUUUAAACCACCAUCCAUCCAUCCUACCAACCGCACGUUCCACUGAAAUGAAUUAUUAUUACCAAAUGAUUUUUACUGUUUUAUAAUAAUAAUAAUAAUUAUUAUUUUAAUAAUGUGAUUAAAUAGUGUUUUUAUUUAUUUUAUUAUUUAUUAUUAUUUAUUUGCAUUACUGUUGAAUGUUAUAUUAAUAAUGUUUAUUUAUU